AUGGGAGACGGUUUGCCCCUUUCUUCUUCCUCGUCGAAUUCAAAAAAGUCUUUGACGCAUUUCCUCAAACAUCUUGAUGGCAAGGUCAAAGCAACCGGAGAAAAUGGUCCCGGUGGGGAUGCAACCGGUGAUACGGAUGAGGCGCUUCAAGUUGUAAUUGAGAAAUCGAAAAAGCUUUUGGCCAAGCAGAGAGACCUUCUUCAACAGAUUGCUGAACGAAGGGAAAUAAUUGCAUCAAUAAGUAAUACUACCAAAAUAAAAUCUGAGAAAGAAGAAAUUUCAUCUGAAGACGAGGAGGAAAAAUCCUUUCUGGAACUGGAUUCUAAUAUUUCUGAUGACAUCUACACACUUCAAAAUCCAUCUACCAGCAAAAUUUAUGAAAUAGAUACAUCAAAAUCCGGAAUCAGAUCCUUUCAAGAUGAAGAUUUCAGGAACAAGCUUCAUGACACAAAUUCAGAGAAAGCGACAACAAAUACAAAAGAGUUGCCACCAUUUGUUUCUGAUAUCUCACCCACAUUAAAAAAAUUCGAAAAUACCAAUGAAUCAACAUUACACCAUGUAAAAGAACAUGUGCCAGAUGCUCCCAUGGGUGACAAUUCAAAAUCCCCUCCUUUAGCAGGUCCAAAUGUAAUGAAUAUCAUAUUAGUCGCUGCAGAAUGUGCUCCUUGGUCUAAAACAGGUGGUCUUGGAGACGUUGCUGGAGCUUUACCAAAGGCUCUGGCUUAUCGUGGGCAUAGAGUAAUGGUAGUAGCACCUCGCUAUGGAAAUUAUGCUGAUCUUCAAGAUACAGGAAUUAGGAAGAGGUAUUCGGUGAAUGGACAGGAUAUGGAGGUGCAUUACUUUCAAACAUACAUAGAUGGUGUGGAUUUUGUUUUCAUUGAAAGUCACAUGUUCAGGAACUUGGGGAGUAAUAUAUAUAGUGGAAAUCGCACUGAUAUUCUUAGACGCAUGGUUUUAUUCUGCAAAGCAGCUAUCGAGGUUCCCUGGCAUGUUCCAUGUGGUGGGCUCUGCUACGGCGAUGGAAACUUGGUAUUCAUUGCUAACGAUUGGCAUACUGCACUGUUACCGGUUUACCUCAAAGCAUAUUAUCAUGAACAUGGAUUAAUGCAAUACGCAAGAUCCGUUCUUGUCAUUCAUAACAUCGCUCAUCAGGGACGUGGGCCUGUAGAUGAUUUCUCCUACACCGAUCUCCCACCGAAUUACUUAAAUCUUUUCAAAAUGUAUGAUCCAAUCGGUGGUGAACACUUCAACAUCUUUGCAGCAGGUUUAAAAACCGCAUACCAAAUCAUCACAGUAAGUCACGGAUACACAUGGGAGCUAAAAACCACCGAAGGAGGUCGCGGCCUCCACAAUAUAAUCAACGAAAACGACUGGAAACUAACCGGAAUCGUCAACGGAAUCGACAAACAGGAAUGGAAUCCUGAAUCCGACAUCCAUCUAACUUCCGAUAACUACACCAACUACUCCUUAACAACACUCCACACCCACAAGCCGCAAUGCAAAGCCGCACUCCAAACCGAACUCGGGCUGCCCGUUCGGGCAGACGUCCCGGUCAUCGCGUUCAUCGGGAGACUAGACAACCAAAAGGGCGUUGACUUGAUAGUAGACGCGAUCCCAUGGAUGGUUGACCAAGAUGUACAAGUGGUGAUGUUGGGUACGGGUCGACCCGAGCUUGAAAACAUGCUAAGGGAAAUGGAGGCCCGGUAUCGUGACCGGGUCAGGGGUUGGGUCGGGUUUUCAGUCAAGAUGGCUCAUAGGAUAACUGCGGGUGCGGAUGUUUUACUAAUGCCAUCGCGGUUCGAGCCGUGUGGGUUGAACCAGUUGUACGCGAUGAGUUAUGGGACGGUGCCGGUGGUGCAUGGAGUGGGUGGGUUGAAGGAUACGGUGCAACAGUUUGACCCGUAUAGGGAGACCGGGUUAGGGUGGGUGUUUGACCGGGCGGAGACUGGGUUGUUGAUUGAGGCGGUUUGGAAUUGUUUGUUGACUUAUAGGGAGUAUAAGGAGAGUUGGAAUGGGAUUCAGAGGAGAGGGAUGAUGCAGGAUUUGAGUUGGGGGAAUGCUGCGUGUCGAUAUGAGGAGGUUCUUGUUAAGGCCAAGUAUCAAUGGUGAAAAAGGGUUAGAGUUUGAGUUUAGUUGUUGUACAUUUGCUAGUAAGGUCUUGUUUAUAUGGUUAUACAUUUUAACUUGAUUAAGACAUCGAUGAUGGAAUAAAUUUUAACUUUUUAGACUGUAAUUGGAAUAUUUAUAGAUGUAAACCACAACAAUUAGCAAGAGUACAACUUAAGAAGAAAAGGAAACAAUAUUUUUAGGACUAUGUGCACUUAAAUGUAGAUGAUCACAACAAAGUGAUUAACUUGAUUGUCACGGUGUUCCGACUAAUUUGAGAUUAAC